CUUCCCAUUCUCAAAUCGAGUCACUUUCCAAGAGCUCGCUGCUCCUCCCGCGAAGCGAAACAUCGCCACAUCGAUGGCGUUUAUGCUGUCGUUGCUGUGACAACAGGGAAGACUUUGGUCAUCCACAAAGCCACAGAGAAAAAAAAAAAAAUGGCGUACAACCACAAUCAAAUGCCGCAAGAACAGGUCCCCUUCCACCACUACGCGGACCAGAGCCACCACCAGAGCAGAGACAGUAUGCACAAGUUCUUCUCCGCCUCAAUCCUCCGCCCCCAGAACUUCCUCCGCCUCGACUCCGAGUCCAACACCCACAACGACGACGACGCCGCCGCCGCCGCCGCCUUCAACAACGACGACGACGGAGGGGGAGGAGGAGGAGAGGAAGAGAUGGUCGAGGACGACGAUAGCGGCGGUGAUUACGAGAGCGCGAGGCAUAAAGCUGAGAUUUUGAGCCACCCGCUGUACGAGCAGCUGCUGAACGCGCACGUGUCGUGCCUCAAGAUCGCCACGCCUGUCGAUCAGUUGCCGAGGAUCGACGCCCAGUUGACGCAGUCGCAGAGAGUGGUGGCGAAGUAUUCCGUGCUGGGGAAUGGUGGGGUCGUGGACGGGAAGGAGCUCGAUCAGUUCAUGACGCAUUAUGUUCUAUUGCUCUGUUCCUUUAAAGAACAAUUACAACAACAUGUUCGUGUUCAUGCUAUGGAAGCAGUGAUGGCUUGUUGGGAACUGGAGCAAUCACUUCAAAGCUUAACAGGAGUAUCUCCCGGUGAAGGGACAGGGGCUACAAUGUCCGAUGAUGAUGAGGAUCAAGAUGAUAGUGAUGCCAGAUUGUUCGAUGGAAACUUUGAUGGGCACGACAGUACGGGAUUUGGGCCUCUAGUUCCAACUGAAAGCGAGAGAUCCUUAAUGGAACGGGUGAGGCAAGAGCUGAAGCAUGAGCUCAAGCAGGGCUAUAAGGAAAAGAUUGUGGAUAUCCGAGAGGAGAUUCUGCGCAAGAGGAGAGCCGGAAAGCUGCCAGGUGACACCACCUCUCUGUUAAAAGCAUGGUGGCAAUCACACUCCAAGUGGCCCUACCCAACAGAGGAAGACAAAGUAAGGCUAGUACAAGAGACGGGCUUGCAAUUGAAACAGAUUAAUAAUUGGUUUAUAAACCAGAGGAAAAGAAAUUGGCACAGUAACCCAUCAUCUUCCACAGUACCCAAGAGCAAACGCAAGAGAAGCCAUGCAGGUGAUCCGGAUAAAGAGAGACUUAUGUAAUGCAAACGUGAAAAGCUACUUUCCAUCUAUCAGUUCGCAACAGCUCCCCAUGUGAGUCCGUUCGACAGUUAAGGUCACAGCCAAUAGUUACACAGGCAGAGAGAAGACUGCACUUUGAAGAUGAUAUAGCAGAGCUUACGGUGGAUCAACUAUGCACACAUCGACAUACUUAAAACCAUGCUUAUGUAGAGGAAAGUCGAAAACCUCCCUCGGCUUCUUGCCAACCUCUGCCAAAAGGAGAAGUAUAUUGCUGUGAUACUACCUGAAACGCGAUGUGGCAUGAUUGCUUUUAAUUUAUCUUUGCAACAACAUUAGUGCUUAUCUGAAGCUGACUUAAUGAUCAUGUGUCUUCAUGGUGGAGUUCUUACUUUCA